AUGCUUCGACAGGUAAAUCCUCGCAACGCCCGCUCAAAGCGGGCGCUCGAGAAGCGCGAGCCAAAGGCGAUUGAGAAUCCCAAGACAUGCCUCUUCCUCCGAGGAACGACGUGUUCUCAAACGGUGCAGGACGCCCUCAACGACCUCUACUCCUUGCGCCAACCCCUUGCCAAGAAGUUCACCAAGAAGAACGCGAUCCACCCGUUCGAAGACGCCUCCUCGCUCGAGUUCUUCUCCGAGAAGAACGACGCCAGCUUGCUUGUCUUUGGAAGCAGCCAGAAGAAGCGGCCCCACGCCCUGACCCUCAUCCGUACCUUUGGCCACAAGGUCUUCGACAUGCUCGAGCUGCACCUCGACAAGGAGAGCUUCCGCACCAUGUGCCAGUUCAAGAACAAGAAGUUUGUCAUUGGCCUGCGGCCGAUGCUGCUAUUUGCCGGUACCGCCUUUGAUAGCCCCGUCGAGAACGAGUUCACACGGGCCAAGAGCUUCUUCAUCGACUUCUUCAAGGGCGACCCCGCCGACAAGAUUGACGUCGAAGGCCUGCAGUACAUGGUCUCCAUCACGGCCGAGGACACGGCGGGCGAGGGCGACGCGAAGCCGGCGAUCCACCUUCGCGUCUACGUCAUCCAGACGAAGCGCAGCGGUCAGAAGCUGCCUCGGAUCGAGGUCGAGGAGAUUGGUCCCCGCAUGGACUUUCGCGUCGGACGGGUCCAGGAGCCGGACGAGGCCAUGCUCAAGGAGGCCAUGCGCAAACCCCGCGGGCUUGAGGAGAGGACCAAAAAGAACAUUACCACCGAUUCCAUGGGUGACAAGAUUGGCCGCGUGCAUCUCGGUCGCCAGGAUCUCAGCGAGCUGCAGCUGAGAAAGAUGAAAGGACUCAAGAGGUCAAGGGCAGAAAAGGAGGCGGGGGAGCCCGCGGAUGAGGUGGAGGCGGCGGACGUUUCGAAGAGAACGAAGCAGUAA